AUGGAACCCCUGCGAAGAUCGCAAUCGUCUCGGUCCAUGAGAAGAAGCCAUCACAGCUCCCAAUCGACCGAGCCCUUCGACCCAGAGCUGGCUAGGUUUCAAGCUACCACAGCUGCGUCUCGAGCCAUGCUGCGAUCCAAGUGCUCCUAUGAUGUUCUCGGGGGUCCAAGCAAAAUGGCAGUGCCUCAGAGGCAACAUCGACCUGCAGGUGCUGCAUUAAAUGCUACAAAUGCUCCGGCUAAGGAUGUAGAUCUUCGUCGGUCUGUGCUCGACAAGACGAGCGAUCUAUCUCCGCCAGCUGGUCUACCGUCUAUCAGGGAGUUUGGAGGGCUCGAUGCCGGAAUCGCUACUUUGCCUUCUUCCUAUCGGCGACUCCGCAAGACCCGAUCGAUGUUCACGAAUUGGCAGCGCUCUUCCCAUGUAUCUCGUGGACUGUCCUCGCCUGGAUGUCCGACCCUUAAUAUAUCGACAAAGAGAGAACCACAGGAUGUUCUCCGAGCUCCUGGCACGCUGAGGCGCUCCAUGUCAUUCUUCCGGGGGGAUACCCGAGAUUCUGAUGCUCUACGAUAUGCUAAGGGUCAGGACGCAGCGAGUGAUAUGGCACACAAUCACUACCAGCAGCCGGAAGACUAUCUGACCAAGCCCAGGAAAUCAUCACUAACAGUCCCUAAAUCAAGGCCUUUUAAGAAAACACUUCGUUCAGUGGUGUUAGAGGCAGAGUCUGCAAGCGUGUCGCCGGCAAUACAGCGAUCCACGAACGUCAUAUCCUACGGUAAAGCCAGAUCACUGUCAUUGUCCCUCAAGAAAGGACUCAAGAAGGUGUUGGGCCUCUCCAGGCCUUCCUCGGCCCGUAUAUCUCUAAGGAAAUCUUCUUCAAAUGACCAGCAACGGAUACAGGGGUCGCCCUCGACCAUAUCCGCAAAGCACUCUGAUCCCUUAAAGUCUGGUGUCGAGGAAAAUGCCUUGACACACUCACCAGGCACCGAGGGGACCGUGAUAUAUACAGGAGUCACGAAAUCUGGAAGCUCCGAGAGCCUUGCCACAAGCCGCUCUCGCGUAACAAGCUGGGCGGACUCGACGAUAGCAAACACUGUGAUAACACAUAGAGCAGACGACCACAGCUCUUUGUCUGUUAUAGACGAACAUGACAGCUCCUUUUUUAAGCCAAACUCAUCUGAAGAUGUUUCACUGACCACUUGUCGCAUUCCAAAGCCUAGCUGUACGAUAGACAGUCAGCGCUUGUAUUCUGCGCUGAUGAAACGCAUUGAUGGUAACAAGACGGAGAAUGCAAGCGAAGAAAUUGUCCUUGGCCAUGUCAGGGAACAUCGCGCGAUUCCGACACCUGUUUCCUCAAUGUACACUCGCCGCAGUAGGAAGACAAUUCGUUUGAUCGCCAGCGAUGAGUCACUCCAGAGCCCAGGCUCAUAUACAACAGCUGAGGUGGGCACAGUCACUCCCUGCGAGCCAGCCCAGCGCCAGGCUCAGCGUACCCACAGCCAAAAGCACCUGCAGGACAUUCGUUUUGGUUCUGCCAGUCUGGCAUCGUCUAAACACACUAUCAAGGAGGCUUCUAGAGACGAGACCGGAAACAUGGCUAUGGGAAGAUCUCAAAGCCCAGAGGAAGACGAGGAUUCCCCAAGUAUGUAUUCUCGAUCGACUGGCGGAACCUCGCCCAAAACAACGGACCUGAAAAUGGGUGAGAGUGAUCCUGAAGUUGCGAAUGAGCCAGGUGUGGCUACCAUAUACGCAAGUCAGCGAGCGAUCUAUAGUUCGCCAAAGCGUAAUGCUGGCCAGGGUCCCGAUGCGAUGCAACGACCGAGUGCGGAUUGGCAGCAAUGGGUGCGCACGCAAAUGGAGCGGAUUGAAUAUCUUACACCCACCAGGCGUCACUAUAGAGAAGAUGCCCAAAUCCAAGACGAAACAGCGGAUCUUGCUUAUCGAACCCCAUCUCGAGAGAGACGAGGCUUCUGGAGUGGAUCGCCAGAUGAAGAUCUGUGGACAACUUGCAAAGUAACAGCCAGAAAUAACUUCUCACGUCCAUUCAGCCGAUCGUCAAGUGUACGCACAACAGUCAUUGCCCCAAAGGAGCAAGCAGACACUCUGGCUCCUCCUCCGCCGCCGUCCGACUCGAUCCCCCAGGUAUUAAGCAGCUCUAGUGGGCGUAGCUUGUUCAUUAACCAGGUGGCGACACGGCCAGAUGGUAUGGCUUUGUCGCCGGUACCUGCACUAUUGAAUAAUAGAUAUCGGGCUCCAGAGUCUCCAACUCCAAGGAGAGAUGCAACGGAUAAACCGCGGUGGAGAGCAGGGGGAAGAAGAUACGGGAGACAGCCUUCCAGGUUGCUUCCAGAAGCCCAGGAUUCGAAGGCCUCCCAAAUCAGGUCUUCACGUGCGCCUCAAGAGAAUAGAAGAUUGACUGAUGAGAAUGUCCGUGUCGAAAAUGGCUAUCAAGAGGUCGCUAGUAAGGACUGUCAACUUCAGAACAUGUACUCGCCAAUCUCGAGUAAACGUAUGGUGGAGAUGUUCCUGGAAAGUCGCCGUCGACGAAUGGGCACCGAAAUGUCCGACGGAGCACCAUCUAAGGAUGAUGGGACAAAGCUGUCUAGUGAUAGUUUGUAUGAUAGGCAUCAUAUCAAGUCAUUGUUCUAUUCACUCGCUCCCAUGUGUGAGACCCCUACUAACUAA